CGAUAACGGCGACCGAUCGUUUUUCGAUAUAUUUGAAAUGGAUAAUAAACAAAAUAUUAAAUUGAGCGAAAUUAAAGCCAGUAUUCAGCAUGUCCUAGCGAAUUUGGAGCAGCUGGAGCAACUGAGCUGUGAGGCUGGCCAAGAUUUUGACGGGCAGCAGGCGGAGGAACUGCAGCGGAGAACGAGCACCCUGCUGGAUGAACUUGAAAAAGUGCCGGCCGAAAGAGUAGCCGACAUACAAAAACAAAGAAAACGCCGGCGACGCUUAGAUAAAGAGAAGAAGAAACGAUUCAAAAAGAAAGCCAUCAAAUGCGAGAUUCGAGAGAAGAAGUAUACCAUAGAGCCCCCACGCAUUCCCCAGGAAAAGCAGGCGGAGCACAUAUCCCUGCGCAAACGACGCGAUGCCGCCUCCAUUUUGGAAACCCUUGAUCUGCUCGAGAAGCUGUGCGAAUCUCGGGGAGGAGACAAGGCCGCCCUGAACCACAAACUCACCCAAAUGCGCCGAGUGUGGCGGAGGGUCCAAGAGGAGAACAAAGACGACCAGGUCAAGGAGUCCAAGAAGGCUGCCUCCAUUGAAUCCCAAUGGGAGGCGGUCCUCUUUGGCAAGCCCUCACCUUUGAUUAGGGGGAGCAAGGGAAAAUUCCUGGAGAUUCGCUCCACUUGGGAUUCUUACAUAAGCUUUGCUUGCAGGGGCUCCUAUAUACCCCGAGGAUGGGUGCUACCGCCACUGAAACCCUCCGCUCAGUGGGCAGCCUACAGAACCGACAAUCAGUAACUGCUUUACUUAUACAUUCAUUAUAUAAGCCUCCACAAAUACAUUAACUACAACACA